UGCAAUUUGAAAAAACAUAAAAUUGAGCAGAGAAGAACAAUAAUGAACUUGAACGGCACUCUGAGAAUUGGCGGGAACUCAUGAAUGCAAAAUGUCUCGGAAUGCCAUUUUUCUCCGUCCUAAAUUCAUCCGCUUAAUCACUACGUCUAUCCCUAAAUUUCCUAGUUUCAUCCACAAUUUACCCUUUAAGCAAUCGAUAACUUGGAAUAAACCUAAAAUUCAAGUACCCAGGUUCCAAUUGAUUCACACCCUUUCUUCUUCUUCUUCGAGAAACCCUAAUCCUAACCCUAACCCUAACUUUUCAGAAACCAAUUUCAAUACUGUCUGCACGAUCCUCAAUAAUCCCGAACCCAUAACAUUUCAAAACCUCGAUAAUGCUCUGCAUGAGGCUCGAAUCGGACCUAUUGAACCUUUAUUGCUGGCAAUCUUCAAGAAAUUCGAUUCUUCGCCAAAGCUGGUUUUCUCCCUCUUUAGAUGGGCUGAGAAACAACCUGGGUAUAAUCCUUCUAACUCAAAUUUCAAUUUAAUGAUAUACGUCCUUACAAAAUCUGGUGAAUUUAAGUGGGCAUUGAUGGUAUUGCUACAUGAGAUCAAGACGGGUAAUGGCUCUAAAUUAGUUUCAACUGAAAGUUUAGGGGUUUUGAUUAGACAUUAUGCUAGAUUAGGUGAUGUAUUAUCUGCUAUUCGUAUAUUUGAGUUUGGUAAUACUUUGGAAAUUGAUUUGUUUGAACUUUUAUUAAAUGGGUUGUGCAGAUAUGGACAUCUUAUGGUGGCUUGCGAAUGUAUUGAUAAGAAAAUGGAUUUACAACCUGAUUGGGUUCCAUCAAUUAAUGUGUAUAAUAUGCUGUUAAAAGAAUGGUUUCGAGUGCAGAAUUUAAAACAGGUUGAACGGGUUUGGUUGCGAAUGAGGUGCGAGAAAGUGAUCCCUGGAAUUGUUACUUUUGGUAUACUUGUUGAAGGAUAUUGUAAGGCGGGUUUUGUAGAUAGAGCAUUAGAGCUGUUUGGUGAAAUGAGAAAAUAUGGCGUUGUCCCUGAUAGGAUGGUGUAUGGUCCAGUGGUGGAUGGAUUAUUAGGAGCUGGGAGGUUAAAUGAGGCUUUAGGGGUUUUGGAGAGGUUUUUAGUUUUAGAGGUGGGUCCCACUUUUUCGACUUUUAACACAUUAAUUAGAGGGUUUUGUAAGGCAGGUGAUCUCAAUGGGGGUGGUAAGAUUCUCAGGAUGAUGAUUAGUAGAGGUAUUAUGCCCACUGCUAUGACAUAUAACUGGUUCUUUAGGUAUUACUCAAAACAUGGGAAAGUUGAAGAGGGAGUGAAUCUUUAUAGAAAGAUGAUACAGUCUGGGUAUGAGCCGGAUAGUCUGACAUUUCAUCUGAUGUUGAAGAUGUUGUGUGAGGAGGAAAGAUUGGAUUUGGCUAUGCAAAUUAGGAAUGACAUGAGAUCUAAGGCUCAUGUUUUAGACUCGGAUAUAAGCACUAUGUUGAUUGAUUUGUUAUGUAAAAUGCAUAGGUUGGAGGCAGCUGUGGUGGAAUUUGAGGAUCUGAUCCAAAGAGGUUGUGUGCCAAAUUAUGUUAGCUAUCAGACUCUGCAUCAUCAGCUAAAGAAGAAGGGAUUACAUGAAAUGGCAGUGAAAAUUUUUGAUUUAGUGUCUACUGCACGGUCUUCAACAACAUUGCCAAAAGAAUUUGGAUUUGACACCUUUCAUGAAAGGAGAAAAUGUAUCAUGCAGAAAGCCAGGGCUAUGUCAAAUAUACUGAAGACAGACUCACAUUCUAAGGAGCUAGCCAAUAGUAGACCUUGUAAGAGGUCAAAUUUUCGUAAGACAUCAAAGUCAAACAAAGGUUGACCUAUAAUCUAGGGCUGAGCUUGUUUUGGAGUUUGUAUAUGGAGUCCUAUUGUAUUCCCGAAAGGCAGCCAGGCAAGCAUGGAAUUUGGUAUCACAUGAACUCUUGAAAAUGACAAGCCUUGAGAAAGCCUAAAGCUAUGAGGCAGUGAGGUAUAAUUUACGAACAAAUACUGCUGGUGUGGAAACUGUUGGCACUGGCAAUUUAGCACCACGGAAGGAGCAGAACGUCGCAUCAAUCACUAACAGCCAAGAAGAGGUAUAGGCAGUCGUGGUUUACUGAAACAUUAAUCAACUAUUAAACCUUCCCUAAUGUGGCAUCAAAUAGGAAUGUUGAUGAUGGAUUUGAAGUUGACUCUCCAGUCUGUCAUGACGCCUAAUCUCAAUCAAGGGAUAAAGCCUAAACUCCAUUUCCUCGAAGUAUGAGGACAUUGCUGUCAAGUGCUUUGAUCAGAUAAACCUGUUAAGAUUCGUACAUGUUACUAGAUCUGAGCUUGAGAAUAUGCUGACUUGUUUUAGUCGUCUUGAAGGAGUAGAAGUUGGUUGGCUCUAGCCUCUUGGAGAGGGUUACUCUGAUGCAUGAAGCAAAAUUGGGCCCUUCUUUCCUGUGGCCAAAUUCUAUAUGUAUAUUCAUUUAGGUUGGAGAAAGAGCCACAUUUAUAUGGCCUAUUUGAUUUAGAGAUACUUUUGCGAGAGACCGUCUCCCGUUGAGACGAUCUCAAACAAAGAGCUCAUAUUCUAAUAAUAUGUAUUAAACGAGCUAUUUAUCAUGUAUGAGAAGGCGUCACAUGAUGAGACCGUCUCAUACCACAAUAUGUGUUUGAUUUACCUUCAUUGAAAUUAGCAAGUUGUAUG